GGCGCACCUCCAUUUCCAGCACCGACCACGUUAACAACCGCUCGAACUCGCGCGCUCUCAGAUUUGAACUCCCAAACGCUUGCGGAUGUGGAGGCAUUGAAGAGGGCACAGAAAAGGUUUACCAAGAUGCUGCCUGGAUUGUCGGGUAUGAGCGAUAAGAAGAAUUGCACCAUCCUAUACUAGAGAAUUCAGAGAUCAUAGAUGCAGCAGACAGAUCUUGGCCAUAACUCAAGGGACAAAUGCACAUCUGUUGGAAGACAUCUAGUCCCAUCACAUCAUUGCUCGACUGAAAGAGGUUUGGGCAGUGAACCAUCAUCUGGAAAUCAGUCAGGUGAGGGGGGCUUUGACAUAUCAUCAGAUCUGAAACUGGUCAGUGGUGUGGAUUAUUCCAACAGAACCAACCUUUCUGAACAUUCGACUGUGAGUGAUCAGUCGAGUUGAGGCUGGGAAGAAGUGUGAGCAAUUCAAAGUUAUGAUGAGAGCUUCAAUCAUUCAUCAAGUUUCAUGAAUCACCGACUCAUAAGUUGGAGGCUAUUCAAGUCUGAAAUUGGUAAUCUUUCUUAAUGUACAAGGUGCAUCUGUGUAAGUCUGUUCAAAUAAUAGCAAUUACAUUAGUAGAGGAAAUUUUCAAUAGUGAGUGAAGUCAAUUACGCUCCAGUAUCACUGACACAGUUAUACCAGGGAGAGAUUGUUCAAAUCUGAGGCGUGUAACCUGGAAUAUAGAUGACCAUCUGGUCUGAUGAAUGACCAGCACAUUCAGAUAGGAAUAAAAACAUUCACUUGCGAUGUGCAAUAAAUCAUUCUCAUCAUCAUCAACCCUCCUCAUGUCCCACCACAUUCACACAGAGGAGAAGCCAUUCAUGUGCAGGCAAUGUGAUAAAUCAUUCUCGCUAUCGUCAAAACUCCACAUACACCAACGUAUCCACACAGGGGAGAAACCAUUCCGUUGUGAGGUGUGUGACAAAUCAUUCUCACAGUCAGGACAGCUCCGCGUACACCGUCGUAUUCACACAGGAGAGAAAUUGUUCAAGUGCGAGGUGUGUGAUAAAUCAUUCUCCACUUCAUCAAGACUCCUGCUCCAUCAGAGGAUUCACACUGGAGAGAAACCAUUCAGGUGUGAGGUGUGCGACAAAUCAUUCUCACGGUCAGAACAUCUCCAUGUACACAGAAGUAUUCACACAGGAGAGAAGUUGUUCAAGUGUGGGGUGUGUGACAAAUCAUUCCCAACUUCUUCAAGACUCCUGCUCCAUCAGAUGAUUCACACUGGGGAGAAACCAUUCAGAUGUGAAUUGUGUGACAAAGCAUUCUACUCAUCAUCGAACCUCCACACACACCAACGUGUUCACACAGGAGAGAAACCCUUCCAUUGUGAGGUGUGUAACAAAUCAUUCUCUCAGGCAGGAUACCUCCGCACACAUCAACGUAUUCACACGGGAGAGAAAUUGUUCAAGUGUGAGGUAUGUGACAAAUCAUUCCUCACUUCACUAAGACUCCUGCUUCAUCAAAGGAUUCACACAGGAGAGAAACCUUUCCGGUGUGAGGUGUGUGACAAAUCAUUCACACAGUCAGGAAACCUCCGCAUACACCAACGUAUUCACACAGGGGAGAAAUUGUUUCAGUGCAGGCUGUGCAACCAAUCAUUCUCACAAGCAGGAGCCCUUCGUACACACCAACGCAUCCACACAGUAGAGAAAAUGUUUAAGUGCGACAUCUGUGACAAGUCGUUCUCACAGUCAGGACAGCUCCACACGCACCGACGUCUUCACAGGGGAGAUAGUUUAUUUAAGUGUGAGGUGUGUGAUAAAUCAUUCCCCACUUCAUCAAGACUCCUGCUCCAUCAGAGGAUUCACACAGGGGAAAAACCAUUCCGAUGUGAAGUGUGUGACAAAUCGUUCUCAUCAUCAUCAAACCUGCACACACACCAACGUGUCCACACAGGGGAGAAACCUUUCCAUUGUCAGGUGUGUGACAAAUCAUUCACACAGUCAGGAUACCUCCGUAAACACCAACUUAUCCACACAGGAGAUAAAUUGUUUAAGUGUACGGUAUGUGACAAAUCGUUCUCUCAAGCAGGAGACCUCCGCACACACCAAUGCAUCCACACAAGAGAUAAACUGUUUAAUUCUGAGUUGUGUGAUAAAUCAUUCUCACAUGCAAGAGAGCCCCACAUACACCAUCGCAUUCACACAGGAGCCAAAUUGGUUAAGUGUGAGGUAUGUGACAGAUUAUUCCCCAAUUCACUGAAACUCAUGCUCCAUCAGAGGAUUCACACAGGGGAGAAACCAUUCAGAUGCGAGCAAUGCAAUAAAUCAUUCUCAUCAUUAUCAAAUCUCCACACACACCAACGUAUUCACACACGAAAGAAACCAUUCCACUGUCAGGUAUGUAACAAAUCAUUUUCGCAGUCAGGAAACUUCUGCUUACAUAGACAUAUUCAAACAGGAGAGAAAUUGUUAAAGUGCCGGAUGUGUGACAAUUCGUUCUCAGAGGCACGAGCCCUCCAUACACACCAACGUGUCCACAAAGGAGAGAAACCAUUCCAAUGUGAGAUGUGUCACAAAUCAUAUUCACAAUUAGGAAGCCUCCGUGUACACCAACGUAUCCACAAUGGAAAGAAAGUGAACGGUUUGUGACAUAUCAUUCUGCAGCUCAUGCCAGUUCUUCUGUCUUACAAAUGGGAGAAAGCAAGUGUGAAAAAUCAUUCCCCACCUUAGCAAGACAGCUGCUGCAUCAGAGGGUUCUUACAGGGGAGAACGCAUUCAGGUUUGAGGUGUGUAACAAACCAGUCUUGUGGUCAGGACAGCUCUACAUACACCACCGCAUUCACACAUGACAGAAAUUGUUCGAGUGUGAGGUGUGUUACAUAUCAUUCCCCACUUCAUUGAGGCAAACCAAGAUUCACACUGGAGAGAAACGAGUCUUUUGCAAGUUGUGUAACAAAUCAUUCUUGAAGUCGUCGAGUUGACACAACCCUCAAUGUUUUCACAAGAAAGAAACCCAUUAGUUGUGAUGCACGUAUCAAAUCAGUGUCAAGUUCGACUCACUGUAAUCACUGGUGUUUUCACACAGGCAGAAACCAUUCAUGUGUGAAGUGUGUAAGUAAUCAUUGUCAAGAUCUUGGAACGUCCUGCUCCAUCAAAGUAUCCACACUCGGGAUUAACCCUUCAAAGGUUAAUUUGUGAUCAACCUUCCAAAGAUGUAUUAAACAAUUUAUGAAUCAGGACAAUUUCUUCAGAUGCAAUGUUUUUGUUCUGUCAGUGUAUUUCCUGGUCCAUAAACACCCUCACACAGGAGAAAGCCUUUCUGUGUGAUUUCUGUACUAGCACAUUCACACUGUUAUUGGAGCUCCUGGAAUAUCUGUGAACCCACACAGGAGACAAACUCUUCCAGUGUGAUAUGUUUCAGGAUUGUUUCACCUCCUCCUCUGUCACAGUCACCGAUGUCUCCACACAGACUUGGAACCGGGUCACCUGCAGAGCUGUCUGUGUUGUUUCCUCUCUCGUGCUCAUACAGGGGAGAUGUCAUUCCAAAGCACUGUCUGUCUCAAACCUCUCACACCCAUCAGUUCAAAUAUCUCAAGAAGGUUAAUGUAGCCUUUGAACAGAUCGCCAAAUAUCACCAAAAGAAGCAGAGGAAUAUUUGAAGGGUAAGCUCACUGCACAAGAUGUCCAGUGAUAUUGCAGUACAGAACAAGAAGCAUCUUUCACCUUGAACUGUAGUUAUCUCACUUUUAAAGGCCUCCUAAUUUUUGGAGGUCCCUUUGUCUGCAAACAAACUACUCCAAUCAACCCCUGAAAGCUGCUGUCUAAUUCCAUCAAAAUUCACCUUGCCCAAUUU